UUCCGUUUGUCUUUUACUUCCUCACUGAACAGCAAGUCGGAGAAUUCGUCUAUUUUUGAUUUGUUAAUUGUUUAAAAGCGUUUUUGACGUCGGAUAUUGCGGCUUUCAAUCGUGUCCUGUGCACUCCCUGGUGCCCAUCCGCACCAGCAACCUGAUAGCCCCGGAAAGAGGCCAACUACUAAGGCAAACAAAGGAGACUAACUACGCAGAAGAACAAAAACAAUGUCGGAAACAUACGAUUACCUGUUCAAGUUCCUGAUAAUUGGCAGUGCUGGCAGUGGCAAAAGUUGUCUGUUGCAUCACUUCAUCGAAAGCAAGUUCAAAGACGACAGCUCGCACACCAUUGGCGUGGAGUUCGGCUCGCGGAUCGUGAACGUGGGUGGCAAAUCAGUAAAGCUGCAGAUAUGGGAUACGGCCGGACAGGAGAGAUUCCGCUCGGUGACGAGAUCCUACUACCGAGGAGCUGCCGGGGCUCUUCUGGUCUACGAUGCCACGUCGCGCGACUCCUUUAAUGCCCUGACAAACUGGCUGAAUGACGCCCGCACCCUGGCCAGUCCCAACAUUGUGAUCCUCUUGGUUGGCAACAAGAAGGACUUGGAGGAAGCGCGGGAUGUGACCUUCCUGGAGGCCAGCACAUUUGCCCAGGAGAACGAGCUCAUAUUCCUGGAGACAAGCGCCAAGACGGGCGAGAAUGUGGAGGAGGCCUUCCUCAAGUGCUCCAAAACCAUUCUGGCCAAGAUCGAGACCGGCGAGCUGGACCCCGAGCGGAUUGGCAGUGGUAUUCAGUAUGGCGGAGCUGCCUUGCGCAACUUGCAGACGCGACAGCGCAGCAUCAACAAGCCGGAUUGCACCUGUCGCGUUUAGGCCGCACGAUAUCAGUACUCUGGACUAGCGAGCAAAUUUAUCUCUAUUUUAUCUCAACCCGGAAUGCGGACUCGCAUUCCCCUUAGUUGUAUCGUGUACUUGUGUGUGUCCACUUUGUUUUAGUUUAUAUUUUGUCUUGCUAGAUUAAUCAUUCCAAAUGUAAGCAUAUUGCUCUUCGUUUUAACAUAAUCUUAACCUUUUGAUUGCCCACGAUUUCGGGUUUCCCCCCAAAUGUUACUUACUAUAAUUUUUAAUUCGUGAAGCACUAGGAGCCCUCGAACAACGAAAAUUUACGGCUGAUGCUGAGGGGCACGUGGAUCAGAUCGGAGAUGAGGAGAAUGCAUUCGGCAUUUUUAUUGUAUAUAAGUGGCGUUCCGUCGUUGACGACGUCGCCGAUUGUAAAUCUAACUCGAGCAUGCACGCGGUAAAUAAAAACGCAAAAACAUA